UUCUGAGUGUCACGUUCAGACUGCCGAAUUUACGCAUUCCUUUCUGGAUUGAGGAGGAUUGAGGAUUGCUGGGUGUGUGUGUGUGUGGGUGACUUUUUUUUUUUAAAGCUGGGUUUAUGUACUUACGUUUAUGUGACCUACCUGUCAGAAAGCCUAAUGCAAGCACUUGUGUGGCCCUCCGUCUUGGUGUGGGCUGUGAUGUGUGUGUCAGGUCAGCCAUGCCAGCCAGAUGAGUUUGAGUGCUUGACAGGAGAGUGUGUGUCAGAGAAGUAUGUAUGUGACUUCAGCCAAGAUUGUUCGGAUGGUAGCGAAGAGAGAAACUGUACUCAUUUAGAGAGAUGUGACUUUGAAGAUGGGUUUUGUGAUCUACAAACACCAGAAUCAAAUAAUCUGUGGAGUCGAGGCUCAUGCUUGACUGAUCCUGGACCUCGGUUAGACCACAAUGGCAACCCUGCAGGACACUACUUGUUCCUGCACUCUGAAACUGGAGAGACAGCCACUGCAGAAAUAUCCAGUCCAUCUUUUCUGCCCUCGGAAUCCUGCACGGCCACUUUCUACUAUCACAUUGGCCAGGUGAGUGGUGACUUACAGGUUCUGGUUAAAUCUGAACCUUCAGGAGAGCAGAGACAAAUCUGGAUUCAGACCAGACUGAAUCCUGAGCCACUUACAAAGCCCUGGAUAAAAACAUCAGUUACAUUCAGACAGAGCCAGGAGUUUCAGGUAAUAUUUCGUGGACUGGUGUUCAGCAACAGUGAUCCUAAUGAAGUUAUUGCCUUUGAUGACUUGUCAUUCAGCCCAGGCUGUGUAUCAGCUGGAGAGGGAAGGUAUGCAUCCUCUCCAAGCCCCUCUCAGUUUGACUGUGGGGCAGGUGUAUAUGUGGACCCAAAGCAUGUGUGUGACUUUACUCUGGACUGUCCUCAUGGAGAAGAUGAGGCCAACUGUCCUGCACAGUGUGAUUUCGAGGCAGAUGCAUGUGGCUGGCACGAAUUUGUGCCUGAUGAUGGUUUUGACUGGGUUAGAAGCUCACCUCAAGUCAUCUCCACAGACCAACAAUACAAAGCACCUCCAAGAGACCACUCUACCAACACAAGCACUGGCCACUUUCUUCUAGUCCAGAAGAACAGCAGUAGUUUUUCUCAGUGUGCUUUACUCCGGAGUCCCACGUUCCAGCAGGCUGGCCCGGACUGUAAAAUUACCUUCUGGCAUUACAAUGCUGGUAUGUCUGUGGGUGCAGCCAACAUGUACCUGCAAAUCAAAGGCAUGGACAACCUUACAGUUCUGUGGCGCACACUUUACCAUCAGGGAAACUUUUGGCAACCAGUGACUGUGCAGCUUGGCCGCCAGACAAGGCCUUUCCAGAUCUUGGUGUCCAAACUGAGCCUGGGUGUGUAUGAUGGUAUCUCCGCACUGGAUGACAUCACUUUUCACAACUGCUCACUACCAGUGCCCAUGGACAAGUGCCCUACAACUGACUACUUCCACUGUGGGCGGAGUCGAGCAUGCGUGGACCGCCUCAAGCUCUGUGACCUUGUUGAUGACUGCGGAGAUAGAACUGAUGAGGAAAACUGCUCCUCUGAUUUAAUGUGCAAUUUUGAGGAUGGCUUAUGCAGCUGGACUCAGGAUAAAGAAGACAUGUUUGAUUGGACCUGGAACCAGGGACCCACUCCCACCCCCAACACCGGCCCCUAUAAGGACCACACGUGGUCCAGUGUGAGUGGACACUACCUCUUCAUUGAGUCCUCUGCCCCUCAGCAAUUCAAAGACACUGCUGUACUCAUUAGUAGACCUUUUAAUCCCACUCUCACCAAAGGAGAAGCCCCUCGUUCAACUUGUGUCUUCAGAUUCCACUACCACAUGCUGGGCCAGUACAUCUUCCGAUUAGCCGUCUACAUCCGCAACUAUAACACUGGGCGUGGCCAAAUGCUGUGGGUUCGCCAUGGUGACCAAGGCAACCUAUGGCACAGAAAGACCUUGUACAUCAACAGUGCACGCCCCUUCCAGAUUCUUGUAGAGGGCACAGUGGGGGAUGACUUCACAGGAGAUAUAGCAAUAGAUGACCUCUCAUUUCUGGGCUGUCAGCCAUAUGAGGGUGUACUCCCUUCAUUUGAAGCCAGCACUAUGGCUCCUGUCAUCACUCGUCCCACAUUGCCACCUCAUAGCUGUCAACUGGGCCAGUUUGUGUGUGGGGCUUAUGGAGAAUGUGUGAGCCAGAAUCAAGUGUGUGACUUCAGAUGGGAUUGUUCUGAUGGCUCUGAUGAAAAGGACUGUGUGAUGGAACGGUGUUAUUUUGAGGAUGGAAAUUUAUGUGGGUGGAAACUGGAUAGCCCCAAACCUCCAGUCCCACUACAUGCCUUCCAGUGGCUAAUAGGACAAGGAGAAACUAUAUAUCAUGGUGAAGAAUAUCAUAGGCCUGUUAAUGACCAUACACUUGGCACUGCAGAAGGCUGGUACAUCUAUGCAGACAGCUCUAAUGGUGGGUAUGGCCAUGUAUCCGAUCUAAUAACCCCACCCAUCACUGCCACAGGGCCCCAGUGCACCAUGGAAUUCUGGUACUACAUGAGUGGCUUCACUGUGGGAACACUACAGGUUUUAAUCAAGUCUGGUAAUGUCACACAUGAGGUGUGGUCUGAAACUGGAAACCAAGGCAGCCACUGGAUGCGGGGGAAAAUUUUCAUUGGAAUCCGCCACAAUUUUCAGGUCAUCCUCCGUAGCAAGCGAGGCGUUAGUUACAUGGGUGAUGUGGUAGUUGAUGAUGUAGAGUUUAUUGACUGUGCACCUCCAGUCUUCUCGGGUUUCCCCUGCAUGAAGUAUGAGUUUGCAUGUGCUAAUGGACUCUGUAUUCCUGAUGGCAAUCUAUGUGACUUUAUCGACCACUGUGGGGAUGGCUCGGAUGAAAACCACUACAUCUGCAAGGGCUUUCAUGGCCACUGUAACUUUGAAUUUGACCUUUGCUCCUGGCGCCAACUGGAGAGUGACAAUUCCGAUUGGCUAAUUAAAGCAGGAAGAACACCCUCUGGGGGAACAGGCCCAUCGACUGACCACACUCUGCGCAACUCGUUAGGUCACUACCUGUACAAGGAGAACUCUUUGUCCAAAUCAUCUGGAGACAUGGCUCGAAUCUCCAGCCCAGUGUUCAGCCAGAGCAGCAGAGAAUGCAAGAUGGUGUUUUACCUGCAUAUGUCUGGUGAGGGCGCUGGCACUCUGAGUGUGUAUAUGGUCACAAAGUCCUCGCUCUCCCUCCUCCUCAACCUCACCGGGUAUCAGGGCAACUACUGGAUCAGACAGGAAGUACCCCUUUUCUCCAAAGAGCACUUCCAAGUCAUGUUUGAGGGCAAGAUGGGUCAAAAUGGAAGGGGAUAUAUCAGCAUCGAUGACAUCACUUUCUCGCCAGGCUGUCUCUUUAACCAUGAUCCCAAGACAAACCUCCCAGACUCUCCGCCCACUGACUUUUGCCAAUUAGGUUUACUUCGGUGUGAUAAAGGUGACUAUUACAAACCAGAGCAACUAUGUGAUUUUAUUGACAACUGUGGAGACAACAGCGAUGAGAAGAACUGUGGGACUUCCUGCUCAUUCGAAGAUGGACGCUGUGGAUGGAAGAGCUCUCAUGCAGACAAUUUUGAUUUAAUCCUGGGCACUGGCUCCGCCCAGAGCAUCAGACCACCAUAUGAUCACACUCUGAUGAAUGAGAAAGGCCACUUUGUGUAUUUGGCAGCCACUCCAGAAGGUCUAAAGGGGGAUAAAGCUCAUAUGAGAAGUUUUGUAUAUAAAGAGUCCAGCGCCACCUGCAAACUGGCUUUCUGGUACUAUAUUUCCCACAAGGCAACAGGAGUCAUCCGUCUCUUCUUAAAGACAGAGAAUGAGCUGAGGGAGGUGUGGAUGGAGCAGAGGAUGAUGCCUGAGUGGAGGAGAGCUGAAGUACCUCUGAGGAACCUGAGAAACUUCGAACUUAUCUUUGAGGUAGUGCGUGCGAGAGAUGUCAGUGGUGGGGCAGCACUCGACGACUUGCAGUUUAUCAACUGUGCCCGCAAUGGAACACAUCCUGGUUCUUGCCCUGCAGCAACUGAUUUUGUGUGCAACAAUGGCAAAUGUAUCAUUUCCAGUCUGGUGUGUGACAACAAGCCUGACUGCACCGAUGGAUCCGAUGAACUGGACUGCAGUGGCCUGGCAGGAGCCUGUAACUUCAACAUGCCUGAGGAUCAGUGGGAGGCGGCGUGUCAACUGGUGCAAGAUCAGGAUGAUGACUUUGACUGGCAGAUUGGACACGGCAGAAAACAUCAAGGAACAGGACCAUUCACUGAUCACAGCCCCGAUGGUGCAGGGAGCUACCUGUAUGUGAACUCAGCCUUGCAGCGAGAGGGGGAUGUUGCUCGUAUAAUCACCCAGCAGGAGUUUCCUGCCAGUACUGGUGUCUGCCAUCUGCGCUUCUGGUUCCACAUGUACGGCUCCAAACAAAUGGGCACACUGAAGGUGUACACAGUGGGCAGUAGUGGCAUUCCCUUACUGAUGUGGGCUGCUAGUGGGAACUAUGGAAACAGGUGGCGUUACGAUAACGUGGUGCUGUCAAACCCCCAUCCCUUCAGAGUGAGUUUUCAGGCUGAGGUGGGAGGAAACAAGUGGACAAACAUCGCCAUUGAUGACCUCUCAUUCACCCGAGAGUGUGCUAUAGGAGCUCCUGUCACCCCUGUCCCUCCGACAUGUGAUUCAGGACAAUUCCAGUGUGUGUAUUCGUUGGAAUGUGUCCUCCAGAGCUGGCGCUGUGAUGGUGAAGCGGACUGUGUGGACGGUUCAGAUGAGGAGGAUUGUGGGAGUGUGGCACCCGGGACUGUACCACCGCAAACAGGCUGUGAGGAUGCGCAGUACCGCUGUUCCAAAAACAUGUGCAUUCCAGCAUUGUUGCGCUGUGACAGCAUACCAGACUGCCCCAACGGCAAGGAUGAAUAUGGAUGUCCUGUUGUGCAGUGUGAGAUUGGGGAGUUGGUGUGUGAGGGGACCGGUAGCUGUAUUCCUCACAGCAAGCGAUGUGAUCACACUGUAGACUGUCCUGCCUUUAACUCAGAUGAGUCCACCUGCUAUGAGUGCCCCAAUGGUUACUGCCGCAAUAAUGGAAUUUGUAUAGUGGAGAACCAUGGGCCUGUGUGCAUCUGUAAAUCAAUGUGGACUGGCAACCGCUGCCAUGUGCAGCAAAAACCAACCCCUCCCACUUCUUCAGUUGUGGUUGCUGACAAUGGACCAGUGUAUGCUGCCGUAAGUGUAUCAGUGAUCCUGAUAUUGGCUGUUGUCAUUGGCACUAUUAUACUCUUCUUCGUACAAAGAAAGUGCACCGCUAAGGAUUCCAGGUUGAUUGACAAUGACGAACUGGACAAUUAUACUACGGCGUGUAGCGAACAGUUUCCAGGUGUGAGGCAUAGAGAAUCUGCUGUCGUUAAGGCAAGAUGGAGUAAAUUUCCUAAACUGGCUAUCAGUGUUUACCCAUGGAGAGAUGAACCAGAGUUUCCUGCCAAACUGUCUUUUUCCAACCCACUCUACAAGGAACCCAAAAGCUCCAAGGCCUGAGGAUAGACACACACACACACACACACACACACACACACACAAUGGCACUACAAAACCCCUAUGGAUGUACUUUUGUAAUUUGAACCUUCUUGGCUAACAUGACUGUACUUGUACAACAUCCAAAGCCUUAAAAAUAUAUAUCUAUGAAAAUUUAAUUUAUUUGACUCUUCUGGGAAAAACGCUGGGAGCAACUGUAAAUUGCUAGCAUAUUACUUUGGCCCUGAGAUGUUAUAGCCUACAUUUAAAGUUUUCAGAGUGGAGGAAGUUGUCGCAUUAAGCAGCAAAACUCAUUAUAACUCCAUUAUUCUUCAAUUAACAAGACAAACUUUCUACUUAUUUUAAUUUCCUGUUUUGUUUAGAGUAUAAACAUGUGUGGUUUUCUUUAUUAUUCAUAUAAGAUAGAAUAGACCACAAUUCUACUACAAACCAUGGGCUUCGUUUAAGAUUUAAAUCAUGAAAUGGUUUUCGUGUGGGACCACAGCAUAUGCCAAUAAAUGUGGACAGUUUACCAAAACCAAUAUUGAGUUUGACAGCAUGACAUUUCAAUUGUCUCUCUCUCUCUCUCUCUCUCUCUCUG